CUAAACUCGCUUCCUUCUUGUCCAAAGCCCCAAUCUCUCCGGGAAACGGGCGGAGGGUCGUUGCGUCGUUGAAGCAGCUCCUCAACGAGCCGUCAGACGAUCGAAGCGAGAGGUUCCGUCGCCGUCAGGGACCUCGAAAUAUCGUUAAAAUAAGGAGUCUUGAAGGAAGUCUUGGAUUUGCAUGAAUAGCCGUCUCAUGCAAGUUUCAAGCUUUACCCUCAAGAAGUUAGAAUACGCUUGAGCAGCUGUUUUUAGAUUGCAUAGAGAAUAAUAGAGCUGAAGCUGUCAACUAAGCUAAUAUAACUCAAGAUGGAGGGAAACAUCGUUGUGAAGGAAGUGCGGAUCCUGGAGACUGCUGAUGACAUCCAGGAUCGACGAGAGCAAGUGCUUUCUCGGUACUCUCAGUUCCGUUCGGAUGCUCGCCUGAAGAGGGAAAAGCUUGAGGAUUCUCGCAAGUUCCAGUACUUCAAACGUGAUGCUGAUGAACUGGAAUCAUGGAUCCACGAGAAACUCCAGGCUGCUUCUGAUGAGAGCUACAAGGAUCCCACCAACCUUCAGGCUAAGAUCCAGAAACACCAGGCCUUUGAGGCUGAGGUGGCUGCCCACUCCAAUGCCAUUGUGGUCUUGGACAACACUGGCUCAGAGAUGAUCAGUCACCAGCACUUUGCCUCGGAUGUCAUUAGGCAGAAGCUUGAUGAGUUACACCGUCUGUGGGAGCUGCUCCUGAGGCGUCUAGCCGACAAGGGCAUGAGACUCCAGCAGGCCCUGGUACUGGUGCAAUUCCAGCGGCAGUGUGACGAAGUCAUGUACUGGAUCAAUGAUAAGGAGACGUUUGUAACCUCCGAGGAAUUUGGCAUCGACUUGGAGCAUGUAGAAGUUCUCCAGCGCAAGUUUGAUGAGUUCCAGAAGGACAUGGCUGCCCAGGAAUACAGGGUCACCGAGGUUAACACCUUGGCAGAAAAGCUGAUUACUGAGGGCCACCCUGAAGUGGAUGUCAUCAACAAAAGGAAGAAAGACCUGAACGAGGCCUGGCAACGACUGCGUCAGUUUGCUCUCACCCGACAGGAGAAAUUGUUUGGUGCCCAUGAAAUUCAGAGAUUUAACAGAGAUGCAGAUGAAACCAUUGCUUGGGUAGCUGAAAAGGAUGUAGUAUUGUCCUCUGAUGACUAUGGCCGUGACCUAGCAUCUGUCCAAACCCUCCAGCGGAAGCAUGAGGGUCUAGAACGUGACCUUGCUGCUCUGGAGGACAAGGUGUCCACCUUAGGGGAAGAAGCCACCCGCCUCUGUGGCAUCCAUACUGACCACGCUGAGCAGAUCAAGGCUAAACUAGCAGAGAUUGAGCAUUCUUGGUCUACUUUGACUGCUAAGGCCCAGGAACGACGCAGGCGCCUGGAUGAUUCCUACUAUCUGCAUAGGUUCCUGUCUGACUUCCGUGACCUCAUCUCAUGGAUCAAUGACAUGCGGGCAAUCAUCUCUGCAGAUGAGCUGGCUAAGGAUGUUGCUGGAGCUGAAGCUCUUCUCGAACGCCACCAAGAGCACAAGGGUGAAAUUGAUGCCCGUGAAGACAGCUUCAAGAGUACUCAUGCAGCAGGUGAGAUGCUGGUAGAAAAGGACCAUCAUGCUGCUACUGAGGUCAAAGAGAAGCUGAGCACCUUAACACAAGAAAAGGCUGCUCUCCUUGCCUUGUGGGAGGAGCGACGCAUCCUGUAUGAGCAGUGCAUGGACCUGCAGCUCUUCUACAGGGACACUGAACAGGCUGACACCUGGAUGGCCAAGCAAGAAGCUUUCCUGGAGAAUGAGGACUUGGGAGAUUCUAUUGAUUCUGUUGAAGCUCUGAUCAAGAAGCAUGAGGACUUUGAGAAGUCUCUUGCUGCUCAGGAGGAGAAGAUUAAGGCUCUGGAUGAAUUUGCAACCAAGCUUAUUGAGGGUCAGCACUAUGCAGCUGAUGAUGUUGCUCAGAGGCGUGAACUGUUGCUUGAGCGGCGCACUGCUUUGCUGGAGAUGUCUGCACGCCGCCGAGCAAUGCUUGAGGAUUCUUACCGACUGCAGCAGUUUGAGAGGGAUUGUGAUGAGACCAAGGGAUGGAUCAAUGAGAAACUUAAGUUUGCUACAGAUGACAGCUAUUUGGAUCCAACCAACUUGAAUGGAAAAGUGCAGAAGCACCAAAACUUUGACCAGGAACUGAGUGCCAACAAGUCUCGUAUUGAGGAAAUCAUAUCAACUGGUAAAGAGCUCCUAGAAAGCAAGCACUAUGCCAGUGAAAGGAUUGGUAGUCGUAUGGAGGAAAUAGUUCAGCUCUGGACUUCACUUGAGGAAGCUACACGUAGCAAGGGCUCGAAGCUUGAGGAGGCUUCUCAACAGCAGCAAUUCAACCGAGGAGUGGAGGAUAUUGAGCUCUGGCUUUCAGAGAUUGAGGGCCAGCUUAUGAGUGAAGAUUAUGGAAAAGACCUGACUGGAGUGCAAAAUCUACUGAAGAAGCAUGCCCUUCUGGAAGCAGAUGUCAGCUCCCACCAAGACCGGAUUGAUGGGGUGCGCAUUGCUGCAGAUCAGUUUGUUGACCGCGGACAUUUUGAUGCUGAGAACAUCAAGGCUAAGCAGCUAGCUCUGCAAGAGCGUUACAAUGCUCUUCAGAAACCAAUGGGUCUCCGCAAGGAACGACUCAAGGACUCUCUCCUUGUACAACAACUCUUUAGGGACAUUGAUGAUGAAGAGGCCUGGAUCAGGGAGAAAGAACCCAUUGCAGCUUCCACCAACCGAGGUCGGGAUCUGAUUGGAGUCCAAAAUCUUAUCAAGAAGCACCAAGCUGUAUUGGCUGAAAUUAACAACCAUGAACACCGCAUCACUGCUGUUACUACAUCUGGGGAAGAGAUGAUUGGAGAUGGACAUUUUGCAGGGGAAGAGAUCAAGCAGAGGGUGAACACUCUAAGCCAGCACUGGGCACAGCUGAAGGAGCGUGCCAACCAACGUCGUCAGGAUCUUGAGGAUUCUCUUCAGGCACACCAGUACUUCGCUGAUGCUAAUGAAGCUGAAUCUUGGAUGAAGGAGAAAGAACCCAUUGCUGCAGGUGGGGACUUUGGCAAAGAUGAAGACUCAGCUGAGGCUCUGCUAAAGAAGCAUGAGGCUCUCAUGAGUGACCUGGAGGCCUUCAGCUCAACAAUCACUGCCCUUGAUGAACAGGCUGCAGCAUGUCGCCAGCAGGAGGUCCCAGUUAUGGACAUCACUGGAAAGGAGUGUGUUGUGGCUCUCUAUGACUACACUGAGAAAUCUCCAAGGGAAGUUUCCAUGAAGAAGAAUGAUGUGCUCACUCUUCUCAAUGCAACCAACAAGGAUUGGUGGAAGGUGGAAGUUAAUGAUCGCCAAGGCUUUGUGCCAGCUGCUUAUGUCAAGAAGAUUGACUCAGGCCUAACAGCCUCCCAGCAAAACCUGGCUGACAGCAAUUCUAUUGCUGCUCGCCAAAACCAGAUCAAGGCACAAUAUGAGAAUCUGAUGGCCAUGGCUCGUGAACGCCAAAAGAAGCUAAGUGAGACUGUGCAGGCCUACGUGUUGGUGCGUGAAGCUGCGGAGUUGGCUCAGUGGAUCAAGGACAAGGAGCAGCAUGCCCAGAUUGAGGAUGUUGGCGAAGAUCUUGAGCAGGUUGAAGUACUGCAGAAGAAGUUUGAUGACUUCAAAACUGACUUGCAAGCCAAUGAGGUUCGCCUUGCUGAGAUGAAUGAGAUUGCAAUGCAGCUGAUGAGUCUUGGCCAGACAGAAGCUGCUCUUAAGAUCCAGACUCAGAUUGAGGAGCUCAACACUAAAUGGAAUUCACUUCAGCAAAUGGCACAGGAGCGUCAGUUCCAACUUGGAUCAGCUCAUGAAGUGCAGCGAUUCCAUCGUGAUGUGGAUGAAACCAAGGAUUGGAUUCAGGAGAAGGAUGAAGCUUUGAACAAUGAUGAUUGUGGCAAAGACUUGCGCUCUGUACAAGCUCUGCAGCGAAAACAUGAAGGUCUGGAACGUGAUCUUGCUGCCCUUGGCGACAAAAUCCGCCAGUUGGAUGAGACUGCCAACCGACUCAUGCAGACCCAUCCUGAUGCUGCUGACACCAUCUAUGGAAAGCAGAGGGAGAUCAAUGAGCUCUGGACUCAGUUAACUGCAAAGGCCAAUGCCCGCAAGGAGAAGCUCUUGGACUCUUAUGACCUGCAGCGCUUCCUCAGUGACUACCGUGAUCUGAGCUCCUGGAUUGCUUCCAUGAUGGGUCUUGUCAGCUCUGAUGAGCUGGCUACAGAUGUGACUGGUGCUGAAGCCCUUCUGGAGAGACAUCAGAACUUCCGUGCCGAGUUUGACUCUCGCUAUGGUAUCCCUCAGGAACACCGCACAGAAAUUGAUGCCAGGGCUGGGACCUUCCAGGCUUUUGAGCUCUUUGGUCAUCAGCUCUUGCAGUCAGGCCACUUUGCCUCUGCUGAAGUUCAGGAGAAGCUGGAUGCCAUGAAUGAAGCUCGGCAGGAACUGGAAAGGGCUUGGAUUGCACGCCGCAUGAAGUUGGACCAGUGUUUGGAAUUGCAGCUGUUCUACCGUGACUGUGAACAAGCAGAAAACUGGAUGUCAUCUAGGGAAGCCUUCCUAUCCUCUGAUGAAGCUGAUGCCAAGUCAGACAAUGUUGAAGCUCUUAUCAAGAAGCACGAGGACUUUGAUAAGGCGAUCAAUGCACAAGAAGAGAAGAUCGCUGCACUCAACCUCUUUGCUGAUCAGUUGGUUGCUGCUGAACAUUAUGCCAGCAAGGAUAUUGGUGAUAAGAGAAGCCAGGUGUUGGAACGCUGGCAGCAUCUCAAGGAAGCCCUGAUUGAGAAACGCUCUAAGCUUGGUGAGUCACAGACUCUCCAACAGUUCUCUCGUGAUGCUGAUGAAAUUGAAAACUGGAUUGCUGAAAAGCUCCAGGUUGCCACAGAGGAAAGCUUCAAGGAUCCUGCAAACAUCCAAUCAAAGCACCAGAAACAUCAGGCAUUUGAGGCUGAGUUGGCUGCCAAUGCUGACAGGAUCCAAGCUGUUCUUGCUAUGGGUCAGAAUCUCAUUGACAAACACCAGUGUGCAGGAUCAGAAGAGGCUGUGCAGCAAAGGCUGGAAUCCAUCUCCGAGCAGUGGGACUUCUUGACUCAGAAGUCGGCUGAAAAGUCCCUGAAGCUCAAGGAAGCUAACAAGCAGCGCACAUUCAUUGCUGCUGUCAAGGACUUGGACUUCUGGCUUGGUGAGGUGGAAUCUCUCCUUACCAAUGAGGAUGUUGGCAAAGAUCUUGCUAGUGUUCAGAAUCUGAUGAAGAAACAUCAGCUGGUUGAGGCUGACAUCCAGGCUCAUGAAGAUCGCAUUAAUGACAUGAAUGGACAGGCUGAUUCCCUUGUGGAAAGUGGUCAGUUUGACACUGCCAACAUUCAGGAGAAGCGCCAGAGCAUCAAUGAACGAUAUGAGCGCAUCAAGAAUCUGGCUGCUCAUCGUCAGUCACGCCUGAAUGAGGCCCUCACCCUCCACCAAUUCUUCCGUGACAUUGCAGAUGAAGAAUCCUGGAUUAAGGAAAAGAAACUGCUUGUGGCAUCAGAGGACUAUGGUCGUGACCUCACUGGUGUCCAGAACCUACGCAAGAAACACAAGCGUCUCGAAGCUGAGCUAGCAUCUCACGAACCUGCCAUCCAAUCAGUGCAGGAGGCUGGUGAGAAACUGAUGGGCGUCUCAAAUGUUGGUGUUUCCGAAAUUGAAUCCCGCCUGCAGCAGCUGUCUGAGACUUGGUCCCAGCUGAAGGCAAUGGCUGACCAAAGAGGCCAGAAAUUGGACCAGUCUCUCAUUUACCAGCAGUUCUUGGCCAAGGUGGAAGAGGAAGAGGCUUGGAUAAGUGAGAAGACCCAGCUACUCUCUGUCCCUGAUUAUGGUGAUAACAUGGCUGCUGCACAGGGACUCCUGAAGAAGCAUGAUGCUUUUGAGACCGACUUUGCUGUGCAUCGUGACCGUUGCAAUGAUGUGUGUGAGGCUGGUUCAAAGCUGGUAGGAGAAGGUAAUCACCAUGCUGAAUCCAUCAAGCAGAGGUGCCAGCAGUUAAAGGACAAGCUGGAGGCCCUCAGUGGCAUUGCUGCACGAAGGAAGAGCAAGUUGGCCGAUAGCCUGGCUUAUUUGCAGUUCAUCUGGAAGGCUGAUGUUGUCGAGUCUUGGAUUGCUGACAAGGAGAGCCAUGUUAAGUCUGAGGAGUUUGGACGAGAUCUCUCUACUGUCCAGACUCUCCUUACAAAACAGGAGACAUUUGAUGCUGGUUUGGCUGCUUUUGAAAAUGAGGGCAUCCAGAAUAUCACUGCCCUCAAAGAUCAGCUGGUGUCUGGUAACCAUGAGCAGUCUGAAUCCAUCAUUAAACGCCAUGGUGAUGUGAUUGCACGCUGGAAGAAGCUUCUUGACGACUCUCUCGACCGCAAGAAGAAACUGCAAGUCAUGCAGGAGCGGUUCCGACAAAUCGAGGAGCUGUACCUCUUCUUUGCCAAGAAGGCAUCUGCUUUCAACUCUUGGUUUGAGAAUGCUGAAGAAGAUCUCACUGAUCCUGUGCGUUGCAAUAGCAUUGAAGAGAUUCGGGCACUGCGUGAAGCACAUGCCCAGUUCCAGGCUUCUCUGUCUUCAGCCCAGGCUGACUUUGAGGCCCUGGCUGCCCUAGACCAGCAGAUUAAGAGCUACAAUGUGGGACCAAAUCCUUACACUUGGUUCACCAUGGAAGCCCUGGAAGACACCUGGCGUAACCUGCAGAAGAUCAUCAAGGAACGAGACAUGGAACUCGCCAAGGAAGCACAAAGACAAGAAGAGAACGACAAACUACGAAAGGAAUUUGCCAAGCAUGCCAAUGCUUUCCACCAGCUGUUGACAGAUACCAGGUCAUCGAUGAUGGAGGGCUCAGGCACACUGGAGCAGCAGCUUGAAGCCACACGACAGAAAGCAGCCGAGGUACGAGCUAGGCGUGCGGACCUGAAGAAGAUUGAGGACCUGGGACAGAUUCUGGAAGAGCAUCUGAUUCUCGACAAUCGAUACACAGAACACAGCACGGUGGGCUUGGCGCAGCAGUGGGAUCAGUUGGACCAGCUUGGAAUGCGAAUGCAGCACAACUUGGAACAACAGAUCCAAGCUCGAAACCAGUCGGGUGUGUCAGAAGAUGCCCUCAAGGAGUUCAGCAUGAUGUUCAAGCACUUCGACAAGGAGAAGACCGGUCGCUUGAACCAUGCCGAGUUCAAAUCCUGUCUACGUGCUUUAGGUUACGAUCUACCCAUGGUUGAAGAAGGGCAGAGUGAUCCUGAGUUUGAGGCCAUCCUGGAUGUUGUGGAUCCAAACAGGGAUGGCUUUGUCUCCCUGCAGGAGUACAUGGCCUUCAUGAUCUCUAAAGAAACAGAGAAUGUCCACAGCUCCGAGGAGAUUGAAAAUGCCUUCCGUGCCAUUGCGGCAGGAGACCGCCCCUAUGUGUUACGGGAAGAACUAUACCAGAACCUCACCAAAGAAAUGGCGGACUAUUGCGUCGGUCGCAUGAAACCAUAUGUCGACCCCAAAAGCAAUCUGGCGGUUCCUGGAGCCCUGGACUACAUCGAGUUCACACGCACUCUGUUCUCGCAGUAGCUUGCAACACUGAGAGCUUUAUCCUGUUUUUUCUAGGUUAUUCAAGAGAUGCUAUUUUAAAGACCAUAGUCACAGUCAUAAAUAAUAUAUGUGUGCACAUGAUAAUGCAUUUAGAUUCCAGUACUUUUGGCAGUUAGCUUAACAGUGAUCAAAAUUGUGAUUUGGCUUCUCACUGCAAAAGCUUUGGUAAGCUAUGGCAGCUAAGCUACCAUCUAUAGGUGAGGUUGUGAAUGAGCUACUCAUAGCCAAAAUUUGACACUUGUCUCCUUUUAUUUUCUUCACUUUCACCUAUGCAACUAUCAAAACAAGAGGCUGGUCCCAUCAUUAACAGGCUCGCGGUAGUUAUGACGAGGUCUGCAUAACAGCUGUGUAGAGUCAUGGUGUCUGUAAACUGCUGCCCUUGCCAUGCUCAGUGUCCCCACAGUUUACUCUUGGCUUACCGUAGUGCACAGUUCUAUUCCUAAAGUGUGUAGGAAAAAGUUGCACCUACAGUUUGGCUUAUUUUUUUUUGGCUCCGUAAUCUUAAGAGUAUAGGGAUGUGUUGCCCUUUUGAAAGUCUAGUAGAGAGUUUUACCAUCUGGAGCUUCCGAUAGAGACGGCUUUUUAAAAUUGGAAGCACCUCUCCCUACUAGGAUGCGAGGGUACACCUUUUAAAGUGGCUUGGUGAUCAAUAAAAGACACAGGGGUUUUAACACCUGGAAUUGCCAGACUGACAGCUAUUUACUGUGCUAGUUCCUCUCCUGUGUCUUUUAGUGAGACCACCUGGAUUUUUAAAAAAGUAAAUUCAUUACUGAAAUUUUAAAGAUGUGCAUAUAUAAGAACAGAGAGCUGAGCAGUAGCAAGUGGGCAUUAGUGGUGUUGGUGCUUUUAAAACUUACUGGGGCUUCUUUGAUUUCCAUAGUAUUAUAAUGAUUGGGGCCAGAUAUUCUUCUCCAAAAGUCAUACAUUUUCCUCUUUAAUGUAAUAAAAGCUUGUGCAGUUA